UGUCAGUUCUCCCGAGACCAUAGGCUCGAACCAUCGCGAGAUCUCCCUCUGACGAUCAUCAUUCUAGAAAGAUUCGCGGCAACGACCCUGUUACCUUGGAUAUUGUCAAAACGACGAUUCCAGAGGCGAUUUUACGAAAUUCAUAUUGAAGAGGAUCUCUUUUCCUGAAGGAUCACCUGUGGUGUUUCGAAAUCUUUGCGAGAUCGAAUUGUUUAUGAGAUCGAUACUUCAUGCGGAGGCGUUUCGCAUGACGUGUGCUCGAUAUCAGUGUGGUGUUCUGACCUUGUUGAUUCAUAAUCAUACAAACAAAUCUUUUAUAUACGUUAACCAUUUGUCAUUUGGAGAUUAUUUGAACGAUCGGAGCGGAUAUUUUGAGAAAGGAUCGAAAUAAAAGCCACGUGGAAGUACACAGUGUAUUUUUGAAGUAGUAUUUAAUACAAGUAAACAGGAAGUGACCACACUGAAGUUAUUUGUGGCUUAUAGUGAAAAAUAAAAGUGGAAAGAUCAUUAGCAUUUGGCUGUUGAUUAAGAAUACAUCUGGAAAACAAGGCUGCGAUCUGAUGUCUGGUAUAUCACAUUGCCUAUAUAUGCACGCAUGCGAUGUAGAAGUGGCGCAGAAGUGAUGCAUGGAUGCGAGUCAGUGUCUCCAGUAUUCUUAAAGAGUGCUAUUUAUACUCCUGACUGCACAAGCUAAAAGAACGGCUAAAGGAGCGGGUUCCUCAAUAAGGCAGCAGGUCGGUGAUCGGGUCUAAGAGGGAAGGAGAGGGGAGAUAGAGAGUAUAGAAAGAAAGGAAGGGUGACAUCAUUUAGAGGCCAGGGUAUUAAAGCAUAUAUGUGUGCAGGGGUUUCGAAGUAAGAAAGAAAGAAAGAAAAAAUACGACGAAAAAGAGAGAAAGAGAAAGAAAAAAGAAAAACUGGUGUCCGACUCUAUAUGUUAUGAUUGGGAGUGAAAAGACGGGAAGAUGCUCGAGGUUCAGCAAACGGAGUUUUUAAGAGAAGGAGAAGCCUGCAACCCUUCUAUCGACAUACUACAUCCUGAUUUGACCGAAACUUCCGUUUCCGAACGGAAGUCCGCUGAAAGAAGCGUCUCCUUCAAUCGAGACGUCCACGUCAAGAGGAUCGGACGUGAAGCAUCCCGCGUGACCGCGGCUCUGAUAGGAGAUGGCGAAGGCAGGUUGAUUGCCACUCCGAUCCAUAAGGAGAGCAUAGCUUUGAAGAGCAAAGAGGAUCUAGCUCAGGAGGCGGCGCUAGUACUUCAACAAGCGGGCAGCCUUCAUUGCGUUGCUCAUGACAACAGACGAUUGCCAGGUCGUUUCAGCACUUUGCCAGUGCGUCGUAACAAAAAAAGGCCAGAACUACCGCUUGAUGUAAGACGAAAAAGUGAAGAAAUAGUCACGAACAACACAGAUCUUAUCGACACACCGAAAAUAAAGAAAAAAGCAUUAGAAAGAAGUAUCAGCGAUGCAAACAUAAAAAAGUUAAAAAGUCCAUUGGCCAAAUUCUUUUCUCCAAAGUUAGAAAGGAAGCAUAAGCUGGUUAGUCGUAGCAUCAGUGACGCGGCUAAUUUGUUACGGUCCCAUCGCAAAAGGAGCGGUAGCGAAAGUGAAGGAUCGCAUUUGGAGAGUAAUCGAGUGAAGAAGCAAUUAUCCCCUAUUAUCGAAGCGUCGCCUCACAUUGAUCAACAACCUUUUCAUUUCGGUUUGAAGAUCGAAAACGGUGAAAAUAGGCCGGAACCAAAGAAGUGGAAAAAAGAGGAAAUCAUCGAUGGCGAAAAGGUGACGGAACAUACAGAAACGGUGAAAGAAAAGAAAGAAAAGAUCGAAGAGAAGGACGUGAACAUCGGAAAACCACUAAUAUCGUCGAGAAGAGAAAACAAGGGAAUCGUAAAACAUAUACCUAUUCAACUGGAGGUAGACGAUAAGAAAAAUAAAGAGGAGAAGAGAGAACAGAAGAAAGAAGAAAAGACAACAGGCUCGAUUCCUUUACCAAUCAUAAAAAAUACUGGAUUCGACGAAGUAGAUAAAAUCGAUACGAAUAGCAUGCUGCACACUAGCCGAUACGAUCUCCAACAACGAUCUAUUGAAGAAUCAACGAUACAUAAGAUGAUUCAUCAAUUAUCCAGCGAUCAGUCACCACCACCGCAAUUGACCAAAACAAUGGUCUCAUCUGGUCCAGGAUUCAGUCAUAACAACAAUCGACCAUUCUCUUACACUAGACCGAAUGAAUGUUGUGGUAUGCCAUCCCCGCAAACUGUGAUUUACGCUCAAGUGCAGACCGAGAAGAAAAAAGCGCAAAGAAGUCAUUCGGAUAGCGACGAGGGGCUUGGCCUUGAAAGAAAAGAUUCGUCGCGAGAAAAUAGUCCAGCGGAGAAGGAAUAUCAUAGAAUGGAUUUCUCUUAUAACAAUGAAUUACGACACAAUAAUGAAAUCAAUAUGUUCAAAUCUAGAUUCGAAGAGGAUAGAAAGAACGAUGAUAUCCAUUUCACCAAUCGUUAUGUUGAAACAGAAGAUUACGCGAGUAGAGACGUAGAUACGAAACGACAUCAUAAAUUAAACGAUAUUGACAGACGUCUAUAUGAUAAACCUGAAAAGUAUACAUCCACAGUAUUCGUAGAUACUUUCGAUCGUGGUAGAGCCGAUGGUACAGAUGCUAGACAACGAGAUAAUAACGAAUUUUCAAAUUCUAGACAAAUUCCAAGCGGAAUAUCGAAUAAGACAUCCGAAUUAAGCGCGAGACGUGAUCUUCUUGAAUCUAGAAUCAAGUCGAGGCUGCUCGCAGAUGAAAUUUUCGCCGCGAAGAACAGUAUGAAUACACCGAAGAAAUCUGAGCACGAGAUUAUCGACAAACCAAUCGUUCCAUCUCCAAUUAUUCCUAAUCGCGUUGCCUCGCCUAAACGUUACAUGGAUACAUACAUCACGGAAACACGCACCAACAGCAAUGGAGAGAAGUAUAUUUUUGAAAAGGAGAUCCACGAAGACAAUGGUAAAGUGUACGGAUAUGAAAAAAAGAUUACUAAUAAAAUUCCAUCGGAUGGAUACAUCGAUACCAAACCGCGAGAUGGAUAUACAAUCGAAACGAGAACGGACAAAUAUGGAGACAGAUAUAUUGUUGAGACGCGAAUGCACGAAGGUUAUGCGGACGAUUUCAAACCAUUUCUUAGUGACAGGAAUAGAAUCAGUCCAGAAGAUCGGUAUCAAUCACCUAGAAACUUAAUUAGUUCUUAUAAGUCAUCUGAUUUGCGACCCGAAGAAAACACCGUUACUCAUCACUUUCGAACUGAAUCCAAGGAAAACAAUUUUCUUUCUUCACCUAUAAUCGCAAAGAAAUUCACCAUGACGGAAAGAAAAUUCUCCAAAAGUGAUGAUUUUUUGGAUAGAGAUAUUCGACCGAGAGACGAAUACUUCCCUAAGAAGAAGAAUUUUGAAUCAAUCCGUGGUAUGAGCAAAUCCACGCAACGUUUGGAUGAAGUAGGUGAAAAUUCGCGAAUCAAAGCUCUAAAAAGUGAAUAUACGACUAGGUCGCACGAGAACUUAAGCAGCCACGCAGAUUACAUAAACACUAGAGAUGUGCGUCGACCUCUUUUAGAUAGUCCCAUUAUAAACGGGCGGAGGGAACAGUCACCGUUUACGAAAAGACAUUUGGAUAGCUUACGCGAGGGGCCGAACGACGAUUACGAUACUGAUAUAUCUCAGAUGACAAGUAGCCAACUAGAAUCAAAAUACUACAAAGAAACGCGCACCACUCAACGAUAUAUGAACAGUAAGCACCCGAUUCAUGAUGAUUACGAUAGUUCUCCAUCGAGGAUACGAACCGAUCGUGGAGGUUACAAUUCAAGCAGAUACGAUUCUGAUACUACAGCCAGAGAUUCGAUUCAUUGUGAAACUCGAUACGACGAAACCUCACGAACAUUGAGAAAAGAACAUCGAAAAUUUAAUGAAGAUUCAAAAAAGCAGAGAUCCCGCAAUCAAUUAGAUUAUUUCGAUGAUUCGGACGCCAGAGAAAAUCUACGCGUGAGUAUUGGACGAUUAGAACCAUUCGAUGAAAGUCCAACACGAUCUCCGAGAACUUAUCACGACAAUGGCAAGUCGAAACACAUCAAGCAAGAUAUCAGAACGCAUACUGAACGCAGACAUCGCGAGACUCGGCUCAAUGACUCUGAUCGGAAGGAUCGUUUGGCCGAUUCCGGAAUCGAAAAUGAUUACAGGCGUGACUCGCAAGAAGUUGAUCGAAGGGAACAAAUUGAAUCGGAAGACGAAGAUUUUGUUACGAGGCAAUUUAUCAAACAUGAGAAACGGCAUACUGAUCGUAACAUAAAUUUAACACCCUCCGAGCAGCGAAAAUACGAUAAAUAUUCGAACGAUAUGUUAAAAUCAUCGCCGACCACCACAAAACCACCGUCAGGUACAGAUAAGAAAUACGAGAAAAAGGCAAAGAAGAGCGGUACGAUGAGCAAAGUAAAGCAAUUGUUUAGUAAAAAGGAAAAAAAAACAAAGGAAGAGAAAAACAAGAAAAAUGCAAAAAGCAGCAGCAGUGGAGCUCUUACAGACGACGAAGUGAUGAUCAGAUAUAAAGAAUAUCGAGGUGGUCAAUUGAGAAGCGCGAAAAGUACGCGAGACUUGGGCAGUGACAUCAAUCAGGAGGAAUAUAGUCAACGUAGACGUCUAUCUACUCCAAGCGACAGUUCUAGUCCUCCUAGAACAAUGAGACUUUUUAAAUCUACAGGUACAUUGACUAGAGAAGAGGAAUCCUUUUGCGAAUCAAAUAACACUCUCACUAAAAAAAAUCAAGGACAGGAAGUUGAGAGAAAGGGUUGGUUUAAAUCUCUAUCUAGGAAGAAUAAAUCGAAUAUCAAAAUAAUGGAUAAGAAACCUAGAAUACCAGGAAGUGAAAUUUUAACUACUGGAACUGAUGAAGAAGCUUCGUCCGUACCUGAACGAGUUUUUGUACAAAAGAAUUUACGUUUUUUUGGGGACACCGAUCAGGAAUCAGUUUCAUCUAAUAGAGAUCGCAGAAAUAAACGAGAUGAUCAUACCUGUUCAGGACAUGAUGUUAUGAAUUCCAGCCGUUACAAUUUGGGUAUUCUAUCAACAUCUCGGAAACCAUCGAGACUUACUGAAAGUGCAUUGUCUUCCGGUGAAAGUACAACAGGAGAUAGCAGUCAACAAAGUCAGAAUUCUCAGAGAUCACAGAGAUCUGUUGUAUAUCUUCAUGCUGCUACGGUGGGUGAAAUACCUGGUCCUAAUGAGAGACGUAGAGCAGCAAGCAGAGAAGAAUUAAAUCGACCAUUUCAAUCGCACACAAGAACAGUAUCAAGAAGUGUCAGCGUUCUAGCACCUUGGAAACCUAGACAUUAUAGAGAAUCUUUUGAAAUAAAUUAUGAUCAACAAUUGCAUCCAAAAUCGUUGGCGACAAUGAGACGUAGACAAAAAAGUCGUGAAACACUAAAUCGUCGGGGAAAAGAUACACGACGAAGCAAAGAUAAUCUCUCAAAAACUGGUACGAUCAAUCGUAGUACCCUAAAAUCAAAAGACAAGCAAAAGGUGGAUAGAACUGUUUCCACGGAAUCGUUGGCCAUCAAAUCACGGAACGUUAACUCGAAACCAGAACUGAGUAGAUCUACAUCGGUUCCACGUGAUCCGAAUAAGAGUGCUGGUUGGUUCAAGCUGAAAAACAAAAAAUCCCGAACUUGAAGGGAAGGCCAUUGAUUAAUGCUAGUCUUGAAUUUUAUAAAUAAUUUAUAAUCAUAAGUGAUUAACAAUAAUAUGAUCAAUUUAUUAUCAAAUCAUGAAUGAGAAUAUAAUUGAACAAAUUAUUAUUUUAUUUACUAUUUUUUCUAAUGUGAUCUAAUAAAAUCGACAUCUCAGUGCAUAAAAAUCGUUUUAUAAAUAAAUAAUUCUUAACUGAAUAAAAGAUAUUUACAAUU